CCCUUCGUCUGUUUUCUUCAACUCAACCUUUUGUAUUAUUUACGAAACUUCCCAGGGGACAAGUGGGGCCGAUCUUUGUCCGUUUUCGACUCAUAGUAGCGGCGGCAGCUAAAUUUUUUCCUUUAUUUCCAAGCUCUAAUCUUUGAUGGGUUUGGGUUCUGUUUGAUCUUGGCAAAGACAGAUGUUCUAGCCUGCUUUGAAAUUGAAAGCAAUUACUGGGUAUUAAUUUUAUUGUUUUGAUCAGUUUCACCUUCUCCCAGUUCAAGUCUUGGCCUUUUGGAUCUGCUGUCGUGGGUUUCUGUUUCUUGCAGAGUAUGUUGUAAAUCUUGCUGUGUGUUUAUAUAUGUAUUUUGAAAGAUUACUGGAUAAGGGAUUCAUAAUUCAUUCAUGUUAGUUUAAAGCUCUGAUGGGUUGAUUUUGUUUCUUGAAAUUUUUUCUAUCAAUCAUGUAAGGCCAGAAAUUCUGAAGUAGAAUUAGGUGUUGAUUGAGCAUAUAUUGAGGAUGGCAUUGAUACUGUAAAGAAUAGGAAUAGGAAUAGGAAAAGGAAAAGGAAAAGGAAAUUGAAUUUACUGAUAUAGGAUUGGAGGAGAUAUGGGUAGUUCUUUUGAACCAUCAUCAUCCAUAAGUUUCACUUCAUCAUCACAGACAUCGAAUGGGUCGAUUGGGCAGAUUGUGCCAUCUUCGGGUGGAUCUAGUCUCGAGAUUUUCAGUUUAAGUAAGCUCAGCAAUAGUUUGGAACAACUCUUGUCUGAUACAACUUCAGAUUUUAGUGAUGCUGAUAUUGUUGUAGAGGGGACUACGGUUGGUGUCCACCGGUGUAUAUUAGCCGCUAGGAGUAACUUUUUUCAUGUGCUGUUUAGAAAAGAAAAGGAGGGUGUUGGAAAGGAAGGUAAACCGAGGUAUUGUAUGGAAGAUUUGCUGCCCUAUGGUGAAGUUGGAUAUGAGGCUUUCCUCACUUUCUUGAGCUAUAUGUACACGGGAAAACUGAAGCCUUCUCCACCAGAGGUUUCUACUUGUGUUGACACCAUAUGCACACAUGAUUCUUGUAGACCAGCUAUUAACUUUGGUGUGGAAAUGAUGUUUGCAUCUUCGGUAUUUCAGGUGCCAGAGUUAGUCUCACUUUUUCAGAGGCGCCUUCUUAAUUUUGUUGGAAAAGCUGUAGUGGAAGAUGUGAUCCCUAUACUAGUUGUUGCCUUCCAUUGCCAAUCGAAUCAGCUUCUCAAUGAAUGCAUUGAUAGAGUGGCUCGAUCAGAUCUUGAAAGCAUAUAUAUUGAGAAAGAGGUCCCCUAUGAGGUUGCUGAGCGUAUUAAAUUGCAGCGGGUGAAGUCUCAGGCAGAUGAGAAUAAAGCCAUGCCACUAGAUCCACUGCGUGAGAAAAGAAUAAGGAGAAUAUACAAGGCAUUAGACUCGGAUGAUAUUGAACUUGUCAAUCUUCUCCUGACUGAGUCCGAUGUAACACUAGAUGAAGCCUAUGCUCUUCAUUAUGCUAUCACACAUUGUGAUCCCAAGAUUGUGACCGAGGUGCUGAGUCUGGGUUUAGCUGAUGUCAACCUUCGGAAUCCUCGGGGUUACACUGUGCUUCAUAUUGCCGCAAUGCGCAAGGAGCCAUCAAUCAUAGUGUCCCUUCUGACUAAGGGGGCUUGUGUAUUGGAGUCAACAUGGGAUGGACAAAGUGCAGUGAGAAUCUGCAGGCGGUUAACUAGGCCGAAAGAUUAUCAUGCAAAAACAGAACAAGGCCAGGAAGCGAACAAAGACAGGAUAUGUAUUGAUGUCUUAGAGAGGGAGAUGCUCAGGAAACCAAUGGCUGCUGAUGGGUUAUCCUCUUCGCCGAUGAUGGCUGAUGAUCUGCACAUGAAACUCCUUUACCUGGAAAAUAGAGUGGCAUUUGCACGACUACUAUUCCCCCUUGAAGCUAAACUAGCCAUGGAAAUUGCAAAUGCUGAGAUGACAGCUGAGUUUGCUGGUUUCUUGGCAUCUAAAGGUUCAAAUGGGAAUUUGAGGGAGGUGGAUUUGAACGAGACACCAAUAAUGCAGAAUAAUAGACUUCUGUCAAGGUUAGAAGCCCUCUCAAAGACAGGUAUCUUCUCCCUCUCACUCCAUUAAUUUCAUUUUGACCGACUUAUGUUCAGGUUUGCCCGCCUUUCCAUUAGUCUAAUUUUCAAUCUCAUGCGUAUUGUUAUCGAACUUAAAUUUCUUUUACCUAGUAAAAGACCUCUUGAAUUUCUGUUUCUGGAAUUAUUA